CCUAAUUUCGCUCCUUUUGGAGUCCGAUUUCAUUUGGAUCUGGUCUUUUUCUCUUUUUCUGGGCUUGGUUUGGGUAUGGGGUGUUAUCCGAUUUAUCAAUUCUUGUACUAAUUAGGGAAUCCAAUUUUGUUGGGUAAAAACAUGUUUUUUUUUUUUUUUUGGUAAUGAUUGUUCGGUUUGUGCUGAUUUUUAGAUGGACAGGUAUGAGAUUUGAGUUUGAAGUCUUGUAAGCCAUAGUGGAGUGUGGACCUAAAUCAACCAAAUUUUCUUGUAAUUGAAUACAUGAAUCCCUUUUCAACCAUAUAUAUUUAUAUAAUAGAAAAGGAGAAAAAGAUGAACACAGAAUUAGAGUGUGGUUUUUUUUACAUUUAAUGACAAUUCAAGACUAUAAACCUCCUUUGGAUUUGGUGUAAAUGAACUAUCUCAUGGUUUGUAAUAUUAUGUAGUAUUUGGUGGUUUGUAAUGUUUUGAAGGUAGCUUGAUUAGUUUUUGAUACAUUUGUGCAAUUCAACAAUUUGAAUGAGUCCCAUGUGCUUUAUUGUGACUGUGUAAUUGUGAUUGAGCAUCUUUUUUAUUUUUUCGAAUUCGUAGAUUAUACAUCCAUUUUUUUUUUUCUUUUUAUUGUCAGCUUCUUUAAUUUUUAUUUGUUGAUUUUUUGUUACUAAAAUUGACUGAGAUAAAAAGCAAUUUAUAUAGUCGGUUCUAGUUGCAUAUUUGUACUUAUUCGGAAGCAAGAUGGGGUACAAGGGAUAAUUCUUCAUUGUUGUUGUCAUUUGUUUCCUUGUCAAAAAGAUUUGCAAAGACAGACUGAAAAUUUUGUCUGAUAUGACUAAUUGUUGAACCUCUUUUGGAAGUUGGGGAAAGGGAGGAGAAAUACCAGUAAGAAACCAAACAAUUAAAGCAGCAAAUGGAUUCUUAAGUAACUUAUCUCAAACAACUGGAAAAGAUUGCCAUGGGUCAAAACAGCAGCGUCAGCUUGAUAAAACGUGAAUUAGAUUUGGGAAGAAAGGAUAUUGACCUCUUUUCAAUGGAGAAAAGGGCUCUGAAUAAGGCUGGAUGGCAAAGAAGAAUUUGUAUAGCUGAUCCGUGCUGUUUGGAAGUUGGGAUCAAAUCCUUCUUGUUGUAUUAUUAUAUUAUAGCCAUGAUCAACAGUUUGCUAUAACUAAUGUUGAUGUAGUCAAUUAAGAUCAGAAAAGGAAGUUUUGUCUUAAAGAACACAGACAGGAGUUACUGUACUAAGUCGUCAUCCUGUGAAAACAUAAUUCUGUUAUUGGGAAUAAACUAAGACGUGUAAGAUGUACUGGUGGAAGAAAUUAUCACUUGAUGUAUUAUAUUACAAUGGUAAAUUGCAGAUGAAGGUUUUUGUUGGGACUCAGGAGCCAAUGAGAUCGUCCAUUGUAUUUUGAUCUGCAAGCGCAUUAGGAUUUUCCCCUCCAACCUGCAUGCUUUUGGUUCUUUCAGGAGGACUCUGAUUAUCGCUUUGUCUUUCCAAGGUGUGCCUCUUCUGAGUGAUUUAGAAGAAGAAACACUUGUGGCGAGUUUGCAUUUGGCCAAUGGUACAAGAAUCCAAGUGGUUUUUUGGUACAACUAAUAGAAAGGAGAGGGAUACAGCGAGGAGUUUGUAUUGGUAUGGCAUCAUGCUGAUGUUGCCAAGACAUUGGGAAUAUUCUCGACCAAUUAUUGUACUUCUCGAAUAUUUCUUCUUCUCUACUCUUUCCAAAUAAAUCUGCAGUUUGAAGUGUGGUGGGGGUUGCUGCUGGAGGUCGUAAUUGACAAUAAAGUGUUUAAUGGCAGGAUUUUGAGCUUUUGUGAAGUAUGCUUCUGUCAACUUCUAGCCUCUGCUAUCUAUGUGAAUACAAUUUUAUUUUUUCCAGGUCAUUUUAUAUAUUAGUUGCACCAGGAUUCUUAUAUCGCAAAUUCGGUAGUCUUUCUUUUCCUUUUAUCAUGUAUUUUACCUUUUAUUAUAUGAACUGGUGUUAAUUCUAAUAGUUUCAGUAUUUUUAUGGAAUAAAUUUGGAAAGAAGUUUGAUGGAACACAGAUGAAAUUUCUCUUAUUUAAGUUAUUAGGAUGUGAUGUUUGUAAUGGCUUUGUUCAAGUUUUUAAUGGUUUAAGAUCAAUUGUUUUAUUGCAUUCAUGAGCCUCUCUGCUUUUGUGCAUUCUGAGUUCGUACUUGGAUUAGUUAUGAGUGUGAAUUGUUCUAGAGAAACUACUUAUUGUCAAUUGUUUCCAUUUCAUUUCUCCUAGUUUAAAUUAUCCUGCUGCUGCCUUGUGGGAGGUGCCAGACGUCUUGGUGUUUGUGCUGUUAUAUUGACAUCUCGACAUGCCAAAGGAAAGAAGAGAUCGCUCUGUGUCUUUUGAUAGGUCCAGAGCAUCUCCUUACUAUUGCAGUUCUAGUAGUCGCUCAAGACGUUCAUUACCCAAAAACUCUUCCAAAAGUGAGGAUAAUGUGAAAGAAUGGGAAGAUGCCCGAUGUCCCGUUUGUAUGGAACAUCCUCAUAAUGCAGUUCUCCUCCUAUGUUCUUCUAAUCAGAAAGGCUGCAGGCCUUUCAUGUGUGACACAAGUUACCGGCAUUCAAAUUGUUUUGACCAGUUCCGCAAGUCAUUUGCAGAUACCUCACCAGCAGUGUCACCACAAGUGCUUCCACAAGGAGAAACUCCUCUGUCAACCACGCACAUAACUCGCACAAUGACUUCAGAAGCAACAGUUGUUGAUUUGCAGGGUGAAAGAAGCGAGGAAGGGUCCACCUCCAUGCAUGCCAUGUCUUGUGAGAACCAAGCGAAGGCAAAGCUGGUGUGCCCUCUCUGUCGUGGGCAGAUAAAUGGGUGGAUUGUUGAGGAGUCCGCUCGCCAAUUUAUGAAUGCAAAAUCAAGAAGCUGUGCCUGUGAGACGUGUGAUUUCAGUGGCACAUAUACAGAUCUGAGAAAGCAUGCAAGGUUAGUUCACCCCCUUGUGCGACCAUCGGAGACUGAUCCAGAACGGCAGCGUAACUGGAGGAGGUUGGAACGGCAGAGGGAUCUUGGAGACUUGAUUAGCACGCUCCAGUCUUCUAUUGGAGAGGAUAGGAGUGAAGAAAGCAGUUUAUCUUUUGACGAUGGGGGUUGGCUGACCGUUUUCUUCCUUAUUCGAGUUUUCCGACGCGGGAGUAAUUCAAGGAGCAGUAGCUGGUCUGGAACCUCGAGAGCCAGAGCACAAGUGACUGUCAGGAGGAGAUCAACAAGACUUUGGGGGGAGAGCUAUGAUGGAGAUACUGUCUCUACAUCGAGGGACGAUGAUAACGAGUCUUCAGAUGGUGGGUCAGGUCCCCGGAGGCACCACGAGCGAAUCCGGCGACAGCCAACACCAGACGAUGAGGCGUGACUGCAAAAUUUUUCAAUUUGCUUAAUUUUCAAUUUGCUUAAUUGUGGAACAAAAGGGAAGAAAUUGCAAGUUCUGUUGUGUAUGCUUUAGAAUCUGUUUCACCGAGCGCGAAACAGAUACUGGUGUUGCGGACUUGCAGCAAUGUGAACCAAAACUCAACAAUUUGUAAUUUAUUUUUAAAAAAAAACAUAAUUUACUUUAUAUACCUUUUGUUGGUGAAUCUAUGUUGCUCAGUGCUUUCUGGUGCGCUGCAAGUAUUUCAUUGAUUA